AUGGUUGCCGACUUGUCACUUGUUGAGCUCACCGCCUGCGGCCUGGCAAACAAAGGGGAUAGCUGGUGGGCGAAUCCGAAGCCAAGUAGAAUGGAGAAUUGGAGUGUGCCGGCAGUCCACCUCGCCUCAGAAAGAGACAGCAUGACAAAACCUACCGAGAUUAUGGCGCUCCCUGCGCAGGGCCGGUACGAGCAAUUCCGAGUCCCAUUCUACAAAGAUAAGGACGUCGAAGCCAACGUGGAAACGCCCGUCGAAAAAGCCUGGAAAGGGCUCUCUACCGUCAACAACUACGUUCUCUUCGCUCUGGUUUUAUCCGGCGUCGCUCUGGUGGUAACCAUAACCAUCUACCCGGCCGUCGAGGAUGAGAUCCUCCCCCUAAGCACGGUUGUCGGCCUGGGCGGCACGACGAUGGUCCUGCUUAUCCUGUGGCUGGCCCUCCAUUUCGCCAAGAAGCGCAAGAUGAAGCGCGACCGCGAGGACGUGGCUCUCUAUGCUCGGUCGAGGCACUUCCUGGGGCAGGACACGUCGUACGACGGAAUGAGACCCACAACCACGGCAGACCACGACAGCGACUCCGGCGACGAAGCUCGCCUGAUCCCACGCAUCACCGUGACCUCCCCGCCGGCACCGCAGCUCACACGCGCCGAUGUCCCCGCGACGCCUGCCCCAGACCUCGCCGUGACCCGCUACAUCCGUCCGGAGGACGCUGCCCCCACGACGCGCGAGCUCAGGGGGGUCCUAAAGCCGCACGGCAGCAACCCUUUCCGCUCCGGCCCAGCCCCAGCACGGGCUCGCACUGCCGCCGGAUGCCAAAACGCCCCCGACGAUAACGACCAUCUGGAGUGGUUCAGCGACGCCCGGGCGGGUGAGAUGACUGCUUACAGGGCGUCCCCUGGGAGAAGGCCCGUGUUGGUGGAGGCUGAAAAGGUCUACGAGUCUGGGGUGGGGGAUUUCGGUUACCACCAUGGAUACGGAGAGAAACGGACCUGAGGGCGUAGAGCCAUUGUGCCUUGGUCUAGGCCGUGGGGGUUGAGAGCUGGGACGCGGAGGAAGGAAAGAUGCCGGCAUUUGGAACUGAUAGGAUGUUUGGUAUUUAGUUUGGUUAAAGUUGUAACGCAUUUACGAGAGGGGAUACAGAAUAGACUGCUUGCAUAUUGUCUGCAUU